GCUUUUCUCUCCUUCUCCAAGAUGGCGGCGGUCGGCGGCGCUGAGGCGGGAUCCGAGCGAGCCUAGUGAAGACCUGGUCCUGUAGACGGGAAGGAGCCUGGACACAGGGACCCAUUCUCAAAGGCCCGGCAGGACCGCCAUGGCUUAUGAUGACUCCGUGAAGAAAGAAGAUUGCUUUGAUGGUGAUCACAGCUUUGAGGACAUAGGGCUAGCUGCUGGCCGAAGCCAACGAGAAAAGAAACGUUCUUACAAAGAUUUUUUAAGGGAAGAGGAAGAAAUCGCUGCUCAGGUCAGGAAUUCUUCCAAGAAGAAGUUGAAGGAUAGUGAACUUUACUUCUUGGGGACGGACACGCACAAGAAAAAGAGGAAGCACUCCUCUGAUGAUUACUACUAUGGAGGACAGUGGUUCUUGUUCUGAGUGCCGAUAAACCAGUGUGAAGGAGGAGAGAGGUGGAGGGCUGGUAUUUUGGAGGAUUCAGCAUAGAAGAACAGUCUUCAUUUGUGAUACACCAGAUAUUUCGUCUUUGGAGUCGUCACAGAAGAAAAAGAAAAAGUCUAGCCCGCAAUCUACUGAUACAGCUAUGGACCUGUUGAAAGCGAUCACUUCCCCUCUGGCAACAGGCACCAAGCCUUCCAAAAAGACAGGAGAAAAGUCCUCCAGUUCUUCAAGCCAUUCAGAGAGUAAAAAGGAACACCACAGGAAGAAAGUCAGCGGAAGCAGUGGGGAGCUGUCCCUGGAGGAUGGUGGUUCCCACAAAUCCAAAAAAAUGAAACCACUCUAUGUGAACACAGAGACGCUGACCCUUCGUGAGCCUGAUGGGUUAAAGAUGAAACUUAUUCUCUCACCAAAGGAGAAGGGAAGCAGCUCAGUUGAUGAGGAGUCUUUUCAGUACCCCUCUCAACAAGCGACUGUGAAAAAAUCCUCUAAGAAGUCAGCUCGGGAUGAGCAAGGUGCUUUACUCCUAGGACAUGAGUUACAGAGCUUUCUGAAAACAGCCCGGAAGAAGCACAAGUCAUCCUCAGACUCACGUUCGUCUCCUGGCCCUGAAGGCUGUGGGUCUGAUGCCUCCCAGUUCCCAGAAUCCCACAGUGCUAACCUUGAUCUUUCAGGGCUUGAACCUAUUCUAGUAGAAUCAGACUCCUCCUCUGGCGGGGAGCUAGAGGCAGGGGAGUUAGUGAUCGAUGAUUCUUACCGGGAAAUCAAGAAGAAAAAGAAGUCAAAGAAGAGCAAGAAGAAGAAGGACAAGGAGAAGCAUAAAGAGAGGCGACACUCCAAGUCCAAGAGAAGUUCGGGACUUCCCGCUGCAGCAGUGGGAGAGGUCCCAGCGCCGCCCGGCCCUCCGCCCAGCAUCCCGUACACUGGAGCAGCCGCCCCUCCCCCACCGCUUCCUGGCCUCCACACAGAUGGGCACAGUGAGAAAAAAAAGAAGAGAGAGGAGAAGGACAAAGAGAGGGACAGAGGAGAAAAGCCAAAAAAGAAGAACAUGUCGGCCUACCAGGUGUUCUGUAAGGAGUAUCGUGUAACCAUUGUGGCUGACCAUCCAGGCAUAGAUUUUGGGGAACUGAGCAAAAAACUGGCUGAGGUGUGGAAGCAGUUGCCAGAGAAGGACAAACUGAUUUGGAAACAAAAAGCUCAGUAUCUGCAGCACAAACAGAACAAAGCAGAAGCUACAACUGUGAAAAGAAAAGCAUCCAGCUCAGAAGGUUCCAUGAAAGUGAAAGCUUCCUCUGCAGGAGUACUGUCACCCCAAAAGAAAUCCCCACCCACUACCAUGCUGUUACCCGCCUCGCCAGCCAAAGCCCCUGAGACAGAGCCCAUCGACGUGGCUGCUCAUCUCCAGCUGUUGGGAGAGUCCCUGAGCCUCAUUGGACACCGCCUGCAGGAAACCGAGGGCAUGGUUGCUGUGUCCGGCAGUUUGUCAGUGCUUCUGGAUUCCAUCAUCUGUGCGCUUGGCCCCUUGGCAUGUCUGACCACACAACUACCUGAGUUGAAUGGCUGUCCCAAACAGGUCUUGUCAAACACACUAGACAACAUUGCUUACAUCAUGCCUGGACUGUGACAGCAAAGACUCCUGGGACAGAAACCUUAUCCUGCCUGUUGCUGGCUUGUGUAUAUGUGACUGUUCCAGAUCCCUUCACUGGCAUCUGGGUGUAGGUUUUAAAUUUUUAUAUAUAUGCAUAUAUAUAUAUAUAUAUAUAUAUAAUUUAUAAUAUAUAUAUAGGACUGUAACUACUUUGCUUUUAAUAAUUUUAUGAAAUGGCAAAGGUUUAGCCAAGAGGAAACCUUGGUAUGAAUAUGGGCUUGGGAUUCUUCUACUGUGGUGGAUAAAUCUGCCUUAAAAAUCAGUGUAACUUGGGGGCUGGGGGCUUGUUCUGGAUGCCAAGUGCAUCGCUUUAAGGUCAGCUAAAAUGUGAUUUUUUUCCAAACUCAGUUGUACCUCCAGACCCAUCACUGACCAUUUGCCUUACCUGUCUUACAGUCUGAAAUGUAAUGGGAAAGAUUAUGGGAAGAUGUCAGUUAACUGAAAGUACAAAGCUUUUCAACUUGAAGUGACCUAGGUGGGAAGUGAUAACAUCGUUCCCAUCUGAAAGUUAUUGCGAUGGCUUAAGUGAACUUAGUAGGGGGUUCAUUCCAAUUCCUGCUCUACCAGUGUCCAUGUCGCAAAACUUAUUGUAGUCAUUGGUACCAUUGGCAGCCUCAGCCGGAGCCAAGGAGAUUUGUGAGCCCUGGAGAGGGUAAAGCUGUCAGUGCCACCAGUUGAAUGGCCUGUAUUGUGAGCUGACCCAGAGCAUUUGGUCUGCAGAACUAAGAGCUGGUAUCUUCCAUUGGCCACGUCAGCUUAGCUCACAGUUCUGCUGCUUAGCUGCUUGGUGGGUGUGGAAGGUGAGCUUUGCCCAGGCUGAUUCCUGGGUUCAUCUCAUUGGCUCCCCUGCUGGGCAGAUACACAGCGUUCUGCAUUCCACACAUAAGCAAAUUGCGAAAAAAGUACUCUGUUCUCAUGUAGGGUUAUUUAUGUGCGUGUGUGAAUGUGUGUUUAAUUAUGUGUAUUUAACUCUUAAAACUCUCUUAGAUUUUAAUUUAUCCUGUAAAUUUCUGUAUAUAUAAUUUAAAAACGAGCCUCCACCAGCAACAGCAUGUGGAAGACGCAGAUUUGUCAUUUCUGCCUCCCCUCCUUCCUCUGGCCUCCUCUGCAAACUCCAGAUCAUCACACGUUCAGGUACCGUGCCUCGGAAAGGAGCCAUUAUGUUGGGGUUCUAGUUCUUUACAACUGAACAGUGUCAAGAAAGUAAAUAAAAAGGAAUGUUACCAUUCCCAGCUGCCCUUAUUUCCAAAGAACCAGGCUUUUGCUUCCCAGUUCCAAAGAAAACAGUUGAGCACUUCAGCGUUGUUUUUAAAUUCGGUUUGAGAGUCCAUGUCAAAACCAAGCUCUGAGGUGACUGCUUUCUUCCCUUGGCCUGGACAGAGCACUGCAGCAUCAAAGUAGAUCUUUGAGGACAGUGCCGCCAGCCUAUUUAAUUCUGCUGCAUCCUAUUUAAUUCUUUCCUUUUUUCCCACCAGUGUGGUCACAGGGCUGUGUUUCUUAAAGGUAUUCUGGCUGCUUAAUGCCUUUCUCACCUCAGAGCAGUUUUGAAAUUUAACUGGGAAACAGAAGGAAACAGGAAUUCUUGGGAACCAAAAUCACGAAGAGCAGAAAUCCUGGUUUAAUUUUGUGUGUUAGCACCUAUCCCACGCCUCCUCUGUACCCAUGUCAGUUUUCUGUUUGACACAGGGUAUCAAGGAAGGGCCUCGGAGACGUGGACUAGUACGGAAAGAAGUCAGUCCUACCAUUGUCAUUUGUACACAUUAAUGAAGUCCUGACGAGGACCUGCUUUUUGUUUGUUUGUUUUCCUUUAAAAUCCAAACCUAUUGUAUUUGUAUUUAAAAUUUGUACACAUUUGUAUAAUAAUCUGUUCCUUGUGGUAUUUGGUACUAUUAGAGGAAAAACUUUGGAUUCAGACCUUCUUGCAAUUUUUAUAUCAUUGUUUUGUUUUUUAAAUAAAUUCUAGCUGUUUGAUCCAAAUCCCAUUACAGUUGUAUAAAGAAAUAAAAUUUUGUACUUAUAUUAUUAAAAAUCACAU